CAACAUUACUGAGCGACUUAGUUACUAAACGCUUGUCUAACAUUCAUUCAAUCAAACAUACUUUUUGUACUAUAUAUAUGUACAUAUAUGUGAAAACAAUAUAAAAGAUUAGCCCGGAUUGCGCGCCGAUUUAGUUUCAUUUUACAUUUUUACAACGAACGUCGGACAAGUGAAUUGACACACAAAAUGAUUAAAAACUGGAACGUUUUGCUACUGUGCGCUUGCUUGGCAGUGCAGCAAGCGAUUGCAUUUCCACAACGACAAGUUUCAACAGUUGCAGACACCGAACCCACUGCAGCCGCACAAUCGGUGGACGCCGAUACUUCUUCUUCAUCCGAAGAGGAAUUAAGUUUACCAAGAACUCAGUUGCUUUUCGGCACACUUGGUCUACUCACCAAUCAGUCGCGCUACAUAUUGCGCGAAUCGAGUAGCUUCUUCAAAAAUUUAAUCAACGAAAUGAAUGCUUUGCCAGAGAAAAGCAAAGCCAUCGAACAGAAUAUCACCCGCGUAAGCAACGUGCUGACCGAUAUCGAUAGCAUUGAUUUAGAUGCCGAUCCACCACUGACUGAACAGAUGUUCUCGGUUGUGGAUGAGGUUGGAAAAGUCUUCGAUGAAUUUUAUGGCAUGCCAGAAAAUGAUGAUCCCAAAAGUGAUGCCACAAUUUUGGAGAAUAUAUUCGAGAAGAUUGGUUCUGAGGAUAUGGAGAAACGGUUAAAUGUUUCAUUGGAAGCAACUGUAGAUAAUUUUAUGGAGUUAUUUGAAAAUUUUCAGACAUCGUUGAGUGAGAAAGAAAAACAAAACGAAGCUCCAUUAAUCAACUGGUAUAAACGUUUUAAACAGGAAGAUGAUAUAGAAAAGAAAUUCGGAGUGUUGGGAGAGUUUUGGACAUUUUUCCAAUAAUUGCAAGUAGCUAGUGAUAGUUCAUGUAAAUAUAUUUUUUAUAUACAAGUGUGCUAAAUGUAGGUAUAUACCGUUGGAUUAAUAGCUCAGAAUGUGAUUGUAAUCAAUAAAUUCUCUUUUGUUUUGCUUUAUA